AUGGCAGGAAUUCAAAGAAACAGCUAUUACUACCAAAACCACCGUCAAUCCGAAGCUCUGAUACGAGCCCGACGACCAUACCUAGUCAAGAAUGCGAUAACCGGCAUUGGCAUAGCUGCCUUUGCAGCCGCCGUCUAUGUCUACACGAUCAAGGCGGUUGGGCAGGACGAGUUCGAGGAUGUCAAGGUGCCCGAUUCGCCUGUACCGCAAACGAAAGCGGCUAAGCACUGA